AUGACCGCGAUAAAACGUGUCGCAUUGAUUGGAGCUUCUGGGAAGCUAGGUCCAUCGAUUCUCGACGCAUUCCUUGACAACGGCAACUUUGAUAUCACGGUGCUGUCUCGUGAAAAUUCGGCUGCGGCAUUUCCUCCUACAGUGAAGACAGUCAAGAUAAAAUUCGAUUACGAUUCGCUCAAAUCAGCAUUCUCAGGCCAAGAUGCUGUGAUAUCUGUUGUAGGAAAUGCCCAAGCCAGCGAUCAAAAAGUUUACAUCGAUGCUGCUAUAGCUGCUGGUGUGAAGCGAUUUGUUCCAUCAGACUUUGGCGGCUGGACACCCGAUGCGACUAUUCUCGACAAGAACAAACUUUUCAAACCAAAAGUGGAGAUAGCCGAGUAUCUGAAGAAGAUGGAGUCCGAGUCUUUUAGCUGGAGUGCGAUAAUAAACGGUCCAGUCUUUGAUUUUAGCAUGAAGGUCGGGUUUUUAGGAUUCGAUUUGACGCGCAAAACAGCGCAAAUCUGGGACGAUGGAGAUGCACGAUUUUCCAGCACAACACUUUCCACCAUCGGCAAAGCCGUAGUUCGUAUUCUGGAACCUGCGAAUGUUGAACGGACGAAGAAUCAAGAUAUCUUCAUUCUCUCCUUCACAACAACGCAAAACCAAAUCCUUACUAUUCUGGAAAAUCUUACUGGUGAAUGGAGCGUAGAAAGAGUGAAUUCGAAGCCUCUGAUUACGGAUCUACACAAGAGGCUCGAUACCGGCGACUUUGGACCCCAAGUGGUGUAUGGAUUAAUAAAGGGGGCAACUUUCGCUGGGAAUGUAGGGAACCCGGGAGAUUAUAGUCGACUGUCAUGGAACGAGAUAUUACACUUAGGGUCAGAGAACUUGGAAACUGUACUGGUUAACAUUUUGAAAGACGUUAGCUCCUGA